AUGGCACAGGGCUACACCAUCAAGCGCAUGGCUCGACUUUUGGGAUGUUCUGCAUCAUUUCUAUAUAAGAGGACAAAAGCGUUGGGGAUGUCAAUUAGGCAGUCAAGUUCACUGACUGAAGACGAUUUGGAAAGGCGCAUUAGACGACUUCAUAUACUCUAUCCUAGAUCUGGAAAUGAGGUGAUGAGAGCAUUACUGCGAGCCGAGGGAUUGCUGGUAACACGACACAGAGUGAGAGUGAUGUUAAGUAACAUUGACCCAGCAGCUGCUGCACGUAGAUGGAGUGCCGCUGUAGCCAGAAGAACAUAUUAUGUGCCAUAUCCAAACAGUCUGUGGCACAUGGAUGGGAAUAUGCGCCUUAUCAGAUGGGGAUUAGUCAUUCAUGGAGCAAUAGAUGGAUAUUCUCGCCUGAUAACAUACUUGAACUGUAAUACAGACAACAGAGCUGUCACGGUGCUCACACAGUUCUUAAAAGCCACAUGUGUUUACGGACUUCCAUCCAGAGUGCGGUCAGAUCAUGGUGGAGAAAAUACACAAGUGGCAUUGUUCAUGAAUCUUGUUCAUGGUGUAGAGCACAGAAGCCACAUCACAGGGGAAUCUGUGCACAAUCAGAGGAUCGAGCGUCUUUGGAGGGAUGUUUUCCUGCAUGUUUUGCACUGUUUCUACAAUGAAUUCUACAGCCUUGAAGACAGUGGCAGUCUAGAUCCUGAAAAUGACAUUCACAAGGUUUCUCUUCAGCUUGUGUACUUACCUGAAAUACAAACUAGACUGAGCAGGUUUCAUGAAGCAUGGAAUCAUCACCGUCUAAGGACAGAAAAUAACCGAACACCCUCUCAGAUCUGGACAGAUGGGAUGCUGACAAACAUGGGAGUAGAUAGCACCUCUAUCAACCAUGUAUUUGGUGAUGAUCCAUUCAGAGAGCACAAUAUAGAGGCACUUCUGGCCCAACAUGGAAUUCACAGCUUCCCGCUUGAAUUGGAUGACCAGUUCCCUGCUGUUAAUGUCCAACAACCCAGUGUUGACCUUAGCCAGGAGCAACAGGAAGAUGUUUUGAGAGCCAUAGAAGGCAUUGCAGACUUGAAAUUGAAAUAUCAAAUGUGCUGCAAUGAAAUUUCCCAACGACUGUCACUGACUGAAUGA